AUGUCCACCACCACCGUCCACAACACCAACGUCGCCUGCUGCACCGUUCCUCCGGUCAAGUCUGACUACGUCCCGAAGGGGACCUACAAGGCUUAUGGCGGCAUCAGCAAGGUGUACGUGACCGGACCCGAGAAGGUCGGCGACAUUGCGAUCGUCUGCGUGUACGAUAUCUUCGGCUUCAAGCCGCAGACACAGCAGGGCGCAGACAUCCUCGCGGAGCAGCUCAAAGCACAAGUCCUCAUCCCGGACUUCUUUGAGCCCGCGGGCCCGUGGCCGCUUGAGCACUUCCCGCCCAAGACAAACGAGGAGAAGGCAGGGUUGCAGGCAUUCUUCGGCGGGCCCGCGCACCCACAGGACAGCGUUGCCAAGCUCCUGACUGUCGGGCGAGCGUUGAAGGCGGACGGUGCCAAGUUCGUUGGCACGUACGGCCUCUGCUGGGGUGGUAAGGUCACUAUCCUUUCUGGCUCACAGACUGGGACGCCGUUCGAUGCUGUCGCUGCUGUUCAUCCUGCUAUGUUGUCGGCGCCCGACACUGAGAAUCUUCAGGUGCCCCUGGGACUAUACCCGACCAAGGACGAGUCUUACGAGGAGUACGAGAAGAUGCUCAGCAUCGUCUCCAAGAAGCCGUUUGCUGCCAAGAAUGACACGAAGUACUAUAACGAAAUGUUCCACGGAUUCGCGGGAGCCCGUGCGGACCUCAACAACGCCGAGAACAAGAAAUUCUUCGAAGAUCUAUACGGCAACCUCAUCAAGUUCUACACGAAUGUCAAUGGCAUGCACACCCACUGA